GCGCGUCGUCUUGCAGUGAAACGGAAGCUUACUCGGCAAAGAGGCAGCAACCCUCAUGGAGGACUCGGACCGGGUCCUACGCCUUUGCCGCGCGAUCCUCGAUGACCUGGAUGGUACAUGCACCAGUCUCUGCGACGACGUCCAGAAGGACGCCAACCCGACGUAUGCGCUCUCGGCCAUCGUCGAGGUCGUCACGUCCGGCGCGCUUCCGGCGGACGCUGAGGAGCGCCUUGUGACCGACUACAUGGAGCACUACGUGCAGGUCCUUCUGGCGCGGCCGUUUGCCGACACGGUCGCGGCGACCGUAAACGACUUUUUCCAGUUUACACUGGAGUGCGUCGUGUCGCGGCUGCGCGUGGGCGACCCCAGCAUGCUUCCGACGCUCUACCGCCUUAUGGAUGACAACCGCGCCUUCUACCUCAACGACGCUGCUCAGAGCGAUGGCGCAACCUCGGAGCUGCUGGCCAAGAACAUUGAUGCGUUUAUCGAAGCGGGCGGCUUCGACGCCAUUUUGUGCAACCUCGACCCGUCGCUGCCGCUGCAGCGGGCGGGUGACCCGGCCACAGACGACGAGAACGAGGAUCUCGAGUACCGUAUUAGCCAGCCGUUUGAGCUCAACGCUGUCGUGUGCGCGAUCAAGUGCAUUGCGGUUGUCAAGGACCAGCUUGCGACAGCCUUCAUGCUCGAGCUACUUCCGGCAUUGAGCGACGCGAUGGUCGCGCAUGUGGCGGCGUUGCCACCGGACCUCUCGUCCGUCCAGCGCAGCGAGCUCGGCGAUGUUGUGCACUUCUUUGAGAUACUGACGAGCCCGACGCACGACCACUUCCUCCACACCCUCACCCUCGAGAUUGCGCACAAGGCGCUCGAGUGUCGCUCGCUCGAGAAGCGGUUGCAUGGCUUGGCCGACAUGACGGAGACGCUCAAGCAGCUACCGACACCGAUGGCGGUGGCUUGGCUUGACGCGCACCAGGUACUGGGGCAUCUCUUCGGGGACACAAUGCAUGCCGAGAUGCUCAAGCGAGCAGCGCCCAUCUUUGACAUCUACGCCGGCGAGAGCGGCGUCGCGGCGGAGCACCUCGACCUUGUCUGGAGCGUGGCCAUGGACGCAAGCAAGGGCCGCCACGAAGCGCUUCUCACGACGACACUCGAGCUGCUCGUCGACAUAGUCUCGAACGUGCAGAGCGUCGCGCACGUCCUCGGCCGCGUCGCGUCGCUGCCGACCAUUGACAGCGCAGCGCUCAGUGUGCUCCGCGCGGCCGCCCGCAACGACCACGGCAGCGAAAACCAUCAAACAGUGGCCACGCACCUCUGGGAGGCGCUCAAGACUGACCGCUGCGCUGCGACUAUGGACAUGUGUAUUCAAACGCUGCACGCGCUCCUUGGCGAGGCCAUGGGCGAUAUCUUUGUCGACUGCUUCCACCUCAUCCAAGUCCGCUCGAGCCAAACGCCAGAAGCAGUGCGCGCAGCUCUGCACUUUCUGUCGCACUUUAGCCGGCUCUUCUCGGAAGGCUACCGCCCCCGGCUGACCGAGCAGCAGGUCGCGGACCUCCAGCCGACGAUCUUGACAGGUCUCUUGAACGAGCUCUCCGAGUUCAAAGCCCGCGGCCACGCCGAGAGCGGCGACGCGCUAGAGCCAUACAAAUGCCGGCUCUUGGCGCUGCACGGGAGCUGGCUGCUCGUGCUGUUGGCCAACCACGGCACGCGAUUGAGCCCGUCGCAGCUCAAUACGCUCUGGCACAACUGCAUUGCGUCGGCUGCAACGUCGUCCGAAGCCGAUCUUUGCUUCCAGUGGUUUCAGCUCUGCGAGCAGCUCCUACCAGACGAUACGAUGACGUUGCUCGACCAUGAUCUGCGCGUGCACAUCUUACGCCAGUUUGGAUCGCUGCCGAGCCGGCUCAUCUCUGUCGAUGCGCUCGAGUGCUUCCACCUGCUCUUCCAGUCGGUCAACUUGGCGCUGCAGUCAUUGCAACCACUGCCAAGUGACGACGAUGACGUGCGCUGCGCUGUUGUGCUGCCUCUUGGCAACCUCGUGGGGCUCUCGGAGCUGUGGCACUUGGCGCUUUAUGCGAAUGGCGACGUCGUUGAGACGUGCAUGGACCACCUCAUCGCAUACCACUUGGACGUUCACGUGGACGCCGACGUGUGCAAGCGCGAGUUCACUGACACGUGCAUGGGGCACCUGCUCCGAGCCAAGGCCCAAGUCACCGCAAACACCUCGAGUAGCGAUGACGCGCACCUUGUGACUCGCUGUGUCGCGCUCUUGCACCGCUUCUUGACAGCGUGUGCGCCAGCCAAGGCGGCGCCCCCGGAGCUCUCAGUGCUCCCGUCGCCCGCCAAGCCUAUCGAUGGCGCGCGCAUUCUCAAGCAGUCGGUUUUGCAAGCGCUCAACGACUACGAUGCGCCAAACGACGACUCGUACGAGUCUCGGACCGCGUCAUUGCAGCGGGUCGCACGUGUCUAUCCGCUGCCCCCACCGAUCCAAGUGACGGUGAAGGAAGUGGCGCCGUCAACGAUUGACGAAGCCGUGGUCAACACGGACGAGUACUUUGACGCGCUCUUUCACGUCUUAGAGUGGCCGUCGCCAACAAGCGACGGAGCGUGGGACCUUCUUUCGUCGCUUCCGACGAAUCGCAAGCUUUUGGACCGCAUGGUCCUUCUUCGGGACUCAGUGUCGAGUGCCGUGCACUGGGAAAGCUUGCUCGACACAUCGAACGCGCACCGCCUGCUCUACGGGCUUCGCAUCGUCGAGGCACUCUUGCUGCCGGCGGACGAUGUCUCGGGCGAGCAUGCGGCGCGUCGGCAAUGGCGCGAACGCUUCGUGCGUCUCGGUGGCGCGCUCCACCUCUACAACGCGAUCGUCGCGUGGCCACCAGCAGCGUCGUCGACGUUGGAAAUGACGUGUUUAGCGGCCGCGCUGCGUGUGAUUGGGUACAUCUGGGGGCUCGACGCGCUGCCAUCUGCGCUGCCGUCGCGUUUUGACCAGCAGCUCGUGGCCGAGAGCCUCCCAGCGUUUCACCGCGCCGUGGACGAAGGCCAUAUCGUACAUUUGCUUUUGGACGCGAUUGAGCGUCAUACGUUGGCCGAGAUGAUGUCGGACGACAUGUCGUCUGUUGUCGACGCCGCCAUGCACAUCGCCAGCUUGCUUGGCGCCCGCGACCCGGCGUACGUGCACACGCAUUUCCAAGGCCAGUGGCAGCCGUGGCUUCGGGCGAUUGGUCUUCACUGUCCACAUGCCGGGACCCGCGACCGGAUCUGUGACGCAUUCACGGGCUUCUUGCGCCAGCACGGACGAAGUAUGCUGCCCGAUGUCGCGCAAGCUGUCAGCGCCAUCGCCCUAACCGUCACGGCGUCCGAAGCCAACGAUGCGUUCUUUGCACUGGCGACCGACGUCUUGGCAGCAGCACUCCCGCUGCAGGCAACCACGACGUGGCUGAGCGCGUCGAGCUUUGGAGCGACGCUGCUGCAUCAUGUGCUAGCGCACACGAGCUCGGAACGCAUUGGCUCGACGCCCGACAGCGUCUUGGUCGGGCUACUGCGCCUCUUGCAAACUCUCGUCUCGGCCAACGUCGUGAUGCCGACGCCCGAGAUGGUGUCCAGUCUGUGGCACUCGCUUCUCUUUGGAAGCGAGGGUGUAUCAUGCUACUCGGCGCUCGCUCGCGGACUUGCGCUCGACAUUAUCGAGCGCUUUGUCGCACAGGACCCCGUGCACAUUGCGCCCACGGUGCUGCAACUGCUCGUGGCGUUCCAGACCGAAGCCCUCGACGUCCUCGACCGUGUCGGACGGCCGUGGGCGUUUGCACCGCUCGACGAAGCGCGGUCGUCGUCGUCGUCCGCCGGCCUCUUCAAUCCCGGCUGCACCUGCUACAUGAACGCGCUGGUGCAGCAGCUCUUUCACCUGCAGUCGUUCCGGUACGCACUGCUUUCAACUUCGGUUGACGCGUCGUCGUCGGCAGCGGACGAGGUGCGCGAACUCCAGCGCGUCUUUGUCGGGCUCGAGUCCACCGUCCGCAAGUUUGUGGACCCGACAGCGUUCUGCGUCUCGCACAAGGACGAGGACGGUCAGCCAACAGACGUGCGCGUGCAGAUGGACGCCGACGAGUUCUUUGGCGUCCUCCUCGACCGCGUCGAGUCGUUCGUGACGCCUGCGACGCUCGGCUUUGGCGGGCGCCUCGUCAACCAGAUCAUCACCGAGCACGGGCACGUCUCGGCGCGCGACGAGCCGUUUUUUGCGCUGAGCGUCGACGUGCAGCACAAGGCGACGCUCGCAGAUUCCCUCGCAGCGUACGUGCAAGGCGAGACGCUCGAGGGCGAUAACGCCUACUUUUGCGAAGUCGCGCAGACCAAAGUGAAGGCGCUCAAGCGCGUCUGCCUUCAGUCGCUGCCCAAGACGCUCGUCGUGCACCUCAAGCGGUUUGAGUUUGACUUUGACACGAUGGAAAAAUGCAAACUCAACGACCUGCUCGAGUUUCCCAACAGCCUCGACAUGCACCCGUUCACGUCCGACGGCCUCGACGGCAAGGCGGGCGAGGCACUCUACGCCCUGCGCGGUGUCGUCGUUCACAGUGGCACGUGCGACACGGGCCACUACUACUCGUUCUUGCGCGAUGCCCGUGAUUCGUGGGUCGAAUGCAACGACCAGACCGUGCGCCCCUUUGAAGUACAGCACUUGCGCGACGAGUGUUUUGGCGGCGACGAAGUCGUUGAGCGCUGGGACUCGAGCACCCGCCGGUACGUGGCCACGGCGCAGUCCAAGCGCCGGAGCGCCUACAUGCUCUUCUACGACAAGGUGGACGCGCCUCCAGUGGCUGCGCGGAUGCCGCCGACGACCCACGUGGCCGAGGCGAUCGCGACAGUGGAGGCCGAGAACCAAGCGUUUUCAAGUCUGCUGCAUGCGUUUGACGCCGGCUACGUCCGGCUCCUGCAGCACGUACGCGACGCGGCACUGGACGCAGAGACGCGAGACAAUGAUGCGCAAGCGUCGACUGUCGCAGCGUCGAUCCUCUUUGACUUUGCACUGUUGAGCAGCGCGCCAAAAAUCGACGUGGCGGGCUUGCUCGCGCCACUAUUGUCACCGACGAGCGACUUUGCCGCGUGGUUUCUUGCGCACGCGGUCGCCGAGUUGCUCCCGACAGCACCUGGCACCAUUGCGAUCGGCGAAUACGUCCAGCGCCGGACGCGGCUCUUUGACGUGGUGCACCUCUGCACCGACACGCGGCUCCGCACCGGUUUCUUUGAUGUCGCCCUCGCUUGCAUUGGCGUCUUGGCGCAUGGGGGCACCGACGACUACACGACGCUACUGGCCAACUUUCUCGACGAGUGCGUCAGUGUCUUUUACCAGCGCGACACGAUCGAGGUCGCGGGACCGACGGCGUCGACCGUGCUCGCCAACGGGGUGCUCGGGUCGGCGCUCGGCGUUCUCGGUGACUUCCUGUCGCGCGCCAUCAAUGAGCCAAUCGUGCGCCGCCUCUUGCGCACGACGUGCCACAUGGGCUAUCACUUUGGCGCAUCACUAGCGGUCGACGGCGUCGAGUCGACGUCCGCGUCCGUGCCCGAGCAGUUGGCAGCCCAGCAGUCGUCGGCUCGUGUUGCCACGCUCGCACUUGAGACAUUGCUGUUGCCGCAGCUCUUCGAAGCGACCAACGAUGUGUUGCCGCAUCAGGACAUGCAACUGCUGCUCGAUCCAACGCGACUCUGCUGUGCGCUCGCCCUCGGCUUCGAGACGUUUGUGCUGCGCUGCGUCCAAGCGCCGGUGGCUACGGACGCGGACGCCGUUGCCGUCGUCAAGGCGCUUCUGUCGGUGCUGGACAGUGUCAAGACGUCGACGCUGCUUGAAACGACGUUUGAACUCCUUGGCGGUCUCCUUACCGUGGACGACGACGGCCACCGGUGCGCCCGCAUCGAAGCGCUCUUCUCAGCAGACGACGGAGCGCUCGAAGUCGCUUAUUACUUUCGCCAUCACCGAAGCUUGCACCACUACACGUACUACCUCCUGGACUUCGUGCUCACGCACGCCGCGACGCACAGCGACGUUGGAGCCUUCGUACAGUCGGCCGAGGUGCAGGCGCAAACGACGUGGGUGCGUCCGUGGAUCUGGCAGUUUCUGCAAGCCGACGCCGAGAUUGGCGACCUCAGCAACCUCGACGGGGAGACGCAUGUCGUCCUGGCUCUCGUUGAGCAAGUGUUUGGGGACGCCUCCUCGGACGGAAACCAAGACGACGGUGUCGAUGACCUCCUUCUGGCGACGUCCACCGCCAAGCUCCAUCCCGCCCACGACAAGGACGUCGUCGAUCGCAGCAACAACAAGGCGUCGGCGGUCGUGGCACCGCUGGACACGUCCGAUAUCAAGGUCGAACUCGGCGCAGACGCCAACGACCCGGCGUUCGAAGUGUCCUAAUUCUUGUUCUCUUCUGCAUCUAGUUCGUUUAAUCUCAAUACAUAUGUACUCGGACAGUCUCUCGAAGCCGGAUGGGUUUGCUAUUCUGCUGCGACGAAAUGACGAUCCAACUCAUUGACAC